AUGCCUGAAGACAAAAAGAAUCAAAUCAGCCUUACCAAGUUCAUUGCAAAUCCAAAGCCAUUUUAUGGUAACAAACAAGGUAAAAAGCCUACCACUUGGCUUAAGAGUGUAGACUGUGUCUGUAAAGCAGUCAAUAUGUCAGACAAAGAUGCUUUUGUGGUUGCUACCUCUUACCUUUAUGGACUAGCCAAAGUUUGGUGGAACAGCAUCGAAGACCAAACGCAUAUAUGGAAGGAAUUUACUGAUGCCUUUAUGAAUCAGUUUGCUUCUUUUGAAAGAUCAAGCGUUGGUUCCAAAUCUGGUUGCAGUACCAUUAGCAAGGCCUUGACUCUCCGUGAUUUAGUCAAAAAAUUCCAUACUCUAAAGGUUCAUAUAAUUGAACAACCCAAAUCCAAGUCUGUUUUUCUGCCAUCGACUAAUAAACCCCAUGGAAAAUGCUGGACAUGUAGUUCAGAAGAUUAUAUGUCUCCCCAGUAUCCACAACAACCAGCAGUAAAAGAGAGUACUGCUGAUUCUCAAAAUUUAAUUCCUCAUACUCAAUUAAGACCAAGUCCUGUAAAUCUUGUGGAGGCCGUUCAAGUUUUUAAUGCAGAGAAGAGAUCAUUAUCUGAAAAACCAGGGAAAAGAGAACAUAAACGCACCAAAGAAGAACCUGAGUUUCCAGAACAAUCGAUUUUCCAGGUACCAAUAGAAGACAUCCAACAAGUUGGUAACAGUUUGGGCGUAGUCAUAAAGAAAAUCAAAUACAAAUCCAGUGAUCACAAUAUUUGCGAUGGAUUAAGAUAUCUGUAUGCACGUAAAACCAAGAAACCAGAAGUCGUUGUAAAUUGGGUACAUGCCAUUUUGGGGACUGCAGAAGCCAAUGAAGACUCUUUGGACAACUCUUUUGGUUCAGGCAAAUCAGACUUUUCUAAUGUAGGGGAAUACAAUAGUGAUGAUACCACCUAUAGCUAUCCAUAUGACUACAGAAAGAUGCGAGCGAGUAACACUGUAAAAAAAUGUCCAAUUCCCAUACGUGAUGGGAUCGCUGUAUCAUCAGUCAAUGAUACAGCAGCUAUUGCCUAUUCCGGCCUUUCCCUUCUCAUUGACGGUGAUUCGGAAAUAACUUGUGUGAGCCCUGCUCAGGAAGAGCAUGUCACUAUCUCUGUCACUACCCCUGGCUCAAGUGAAAUAGGUGGUGAUCGUGGCCGUGGUGGCUAUGGUAGUCCCGGUGGUCAUGGUGGUCGUGGUGGCAGUGUUGUUGACUGA